GUGUUGGCUGUGUGUAAGCUGUCACCGUGUACGGCGGCUGCACGUCGCGGGUGUGGAGCCGGGAGGAGGGUCGCACAGCACAAUGCCAGCUCUGCCCCUGGAGCAACUCCAGAUCACCCACAAAGACCCGAAGACAGGAAAGCCGAGGACUUCGCCAGCCCUGCACCCUGAGCAGAAGGCAGACCGGUAUUUUGUGUUAUACAAACCGCCCCCUAAAGACAACAUUCCCGCCCUAGUGGAGGAGUACCUGGAACGCGCCACCUUCGUAGCCAAUGACCUCGACUGGCUCCUGGCCUUGCCUCACGAUAAAUUCUGGUGCCAGGUUGUUUUUGAUGAGACCCUGCAGAAGUGCCUGGAUUCAUACCUGCGCUAUGUACCCCGAAAGUUUGAUGAAUGGGUGGCCCCUACCCCUGAGGUCGCUGACAUGCAGAAGCACCUACACCGCAGCGUUUUCCUCACCUUUCUUCGAAUGUCCACUCACAAGGAGUCCAAAGAUCACUUCAUUUCUCCAUCUGCAUUUGGAGAAAUACUCUACAAUAACUUCCUCUUUGACAUCCCAAAGAUCCUGGACCUCUGUGUGCUCUUUGGAAAAGGCAACUCACCACUCCUCCAGAAAAUGAUAGGAAACAUAUUUACCCAGCAGCCAAGUUAUUAUAACGACCUGGAUGAAACCAUCCCCACCAUACUUCAGGUCUUCAGCAAUAUCCUCCAGCACUGUGGCUUGCAAGGGGAUGGGACCAGCACCACACCCCAGAAACUUGGGGAGAAGGGUCGGUUGACUCCUAGUGACAUGCCUCUCUUGGAAUUAAAGGACAUUGUUCUCUACCUAUGUGACACCUGCACCACACUCUGGGCCUUUCUGGACAUCUUCCCUUUGGCCUGCCAAACCUUCCAGAAACAUGACUUUUGUUACAGACUAGCUUCAUUUUAUGAGACGGCAAUCCCUGAAACGGAGUCUGCAAUUAAGAAGAGGAGGCUUGAAGACAGCAAGCUGCUAGGUGACUUGUGGCAGAGGCUCUCCCACUCCAAGAAAAAGCUAAUGGAGGUGUUUCACAUCAUCCUGAACCAGAUCUGCCUCCUUCCCAUUCUAGAGAGCAGCAAUGACAACAUUCAAGGCUUCAUUGAAGAAUUCCUCCAGAUCUUCAGCUCCGUGCUGCAGGAAAAGCGAUUCCUCCGGGACUAUGACUCAUUCUUCCCUGUAGCUGAAGACAUCAGCCUACUACAGCAGGCUUCCUCAGCCUUGGAUGAGACCCGGACUGCCUACAUCCUACAGGCUGUGGAAAGUGCAUGGGAAGGGGUGGACAGACAGAAAAUCAAGGACACUAAAGAGCCAUCGAAGGCCAAGGAUCCUAAUAAUGGAGUCACGACGGCAGUGAAGCCAGUCAGUGAAAGUCCAUCACAGCUGGAGAACUCAGAGGAGGAAGAGGAGUGCAAGGGUGCAGCAGCUGCCCUGGGCCCAACCGUGUGUGGUGUGCAGCUAGACUCCCUCAUCUCUCAAGUGAAAGACCUGCUGCCAGACCUCGGGGAGGGCUUCAUCCUGGCCUGCCUGGAGUACUACAGCUAUGAUUCAGAGCAGGUGAUCAACAACAUCCUGGAGGACCGGCUGGCCCCGGAACUCAGCCAGCUGGACCGCAGCCUGAAAAGACAGGUGAAGCCGGACCCCACACCCCUGCUGACAUCUCGUCACAACGUCUUCCAGAACGACGAGUUUGAUGUGUUCAGCAGGGACUCAGUGGACCUGAGCCGGGUGCACAAGGGCAGGAGGAAGGAGGAGAACGUGAGGAGCCUGGUGAACGACAAGCGGGCUGUGGUGGCGCAGAGGCUUCGCUACCAGCAGUACAGUGUGGUAAUGGAGGAGGUCCCAGUGCAGCCAGGAGAAUACCAGGUUGAUGACUACGAGGACGAGUAUGACGACACAUACGAUGGCAACCAGGUGGGCGCCAACGAUGCCGACUCUGAUGAUGAGCUCAUCAGCCGCAGGCCCUUCACCAUCCCUCAGGUGCUGAGAACCAAAACGCCUGGAGAAGGACCGGAGGAAGACUAUGAUGAAGUGGAGGAGGUUGAAGAGGAGGCCCCCAAGCUGGACCAUUUCAUCCCGGAUCCUGCAGUGCUGAGGGAAAAGGCUGAAGCCAGGCGCCUGGCCUUCCUUGCCAGGAAGGGGUACCGGCCUGAGAAUUCCGCAGCAGUGACAGGCAGUCCCCGGGGCCACGGACAAAGCCGAGAAACCACCCAGGAGCGCAGGAAGAAAGAAGCCAAAAAGGCAACCAGAGCCAACCACAACCGUAGAACCAUGGCUGACCGGAAGAGAAGCAAGGGCAUGAUCCCAUCCUGAGGCCACAACAAUGCCUGGGUGAGGGAGGCCCUCAAGGCCACCACCAUACCUCACCUGCCAGCCAGCCAUGAGCACCUUCUUGUCGAACACAAAGUGCCUUAUCCCUUGGUGCAGGAACCCAGUGCCAUCAAGUAGGCUCUCUCCCAGCUGUGCUAGCGGGAAAAGAUGGGGAUGCAAAACCAAGGUGUCUUUUAUCUUGUGCAGCAAGACACCACCUCACGGAAGUCCUGGAUGCAGCAGACCUGUAUAUUCAGAAACAGCAAAAGGCCCGUGAAUAAAGUUUCUGACCUUCUAACAAUGUUC